UUCCCGUCGUUUACCGCGCUAGACGCACGUAUUGUUAGUCUCGAAUGAGGUUUGAAGGUGAUCGGGUGUGAGCUCGUGCGCAAGGGAUUGUGAAUAUUUGCAGUGACAGAAAACUAUAGUUAGUUUAUGUGUUCAACAUUUAUUAUUUAAUUUGUUAUGAACAAUUUUUACUGGGAUAUUUAGGUAAUUUUAAACACUUGGUUGCAACUCAAGGUAAAAUGGGUCAUUGUUUUUCGGUAUGUUCGAAAUUUCGUGCUGUGUUUCACCUGGACCGGGAGCACCUGCAAUUAAAUCCUUUAUGCGAAAGACCGGACUGUAUGCCGAAGCCACCUUCGCAGGCGCAGUUCACGCCAGGGGGAGAUUCUGAAGUUUCUAUACUGACGGUUGUCAACGUAGACCAAUGUGUGCUGAAAAAUGCGGAGGCCCAUAGAACGUCAAGGUUUGAAUUAUCAAGACGUAAGAAUGAUACUGCCAGAUUGAUCAUUCGCAGAGGAGAACCGUUCUACAUCAAACUUAUUCUGUCACGCGCAUACAAUCCGAAUACCGAUGCAAUUUCAUUGGUAUUCACUCUGGAUGGCGUUGAAAAACCACAAUACGGACAUGGAACCCUAGUCGCAGCACCAGUUCUGAAAACUGAAAGUGACAGUGAAGGCCCAUGGCAUGCAGUUGAAGAUUAUUUUGACGGUAACACGUUGAAAUUGAAAAUCAUUCCGGCAGCUGACGCAAAGAUUGGUAAAUGGAAGAUGGACGUUGAUACAAAGUGGCAAGACAAGAGCGCAAUUAGUUUUACAGUGAACGAUCCAUUCUACGUGAUUUUCAAUCCAUGGUGCGAAUAUGAUACAGUAUUCCUGGGAGAUGAGAGUGCUCGUCAGGAAUACGUGAUGGCGGAUGCUGGGUUGAUAUGGCGUGGGAGCUACAAUCGACAGAGGCCUACUGUGUGGAAGUAUUCACAAUUUGAGAAGGACGUCUUAGAGUGUGCCCUUUAUCUCGUAAUUGAGACUGGAAAAGUCCGAAUAUCUGGGCGACAUGACCCAGUGAUCAUCUCGCGAAGACUGUCUUCUGCGAUUAACUCACCAGAUGAUAAUGGAGCAGUGAUGGGUAACUGGUCAAACGAUUUUGGUGGAGGAACAGCCCCAACAAAAUGGAUGGGAUCGCAAAAGAUUCUUCAGGAAUAUUAUACGACAAAAAGUCCUGUCAAGUAUGGUCAGUGUUGGGUAUUUUCCGGAGUACUAACAACGGUGUGUCGUGCCUUAGGGAUCCCUUGUCGUCCAGUGACCAAUUACUCGAGUGCUCACGACACUCAAGGCAGUCUCACUGUUGAUUGUUUUAUUGACGCUGAGGGUAAAGUAAUGGAAGAAAUGAACAAUGACUCCAUAUGGAACUACCAUGUAUGGAACGAAGUAUGGAUGUCUAGGCCCGACUUGACACCAGAGUGUGGAGGCUGGCAAGCUAUCGACGCAACACCACAAGAACUCAGUGAGGAUGCUUAUCGAUGCGGACCGGCAUCUGUUGCAGCCGUCAAAAAAGGCGAAGUGAUGCGUCCUUACGACAGCAGAUUUGUUUUUGCCGAGGUAAAUGCUGACAAAGUCUUUUGGCGCUACAAUGGACCCGUGCAGCCUUUGAAGCUCAUAAGAACAGAUAUGUAUGGAAUUGGAAGAUCUGUUUGCACAAAAGCAGUUGGAAAAUGGGAACGUGACGAUAUCACAAAUAUGUACAAAUACCCGGAAAAAUCGGGCGAGGAGAGAGCAGUCAUGUUGAAGGCAUUGCAACACAGCGCAUCACUGUUCAGUCGUUAUUACCUUAACGAAAAGUUCAAUGAUAUAAAAUUCGAUUUCGAGCUCCGAGAUGACAUCAUUAUUGGGGAACCAUUCACUGUGUCGCUGAUAACCAAAAAUAACAACAGUAGUCAAGAAUAUCAUGUGUCAGUCAUCAUUUGCGUAGAGGCGGUCCUUUAUACUGGGCGCAUUGGAAAUGCCAUCAAACGUUCCGAAACCAAACAUUUAAUUAAACCUGGCGUUGUGGAAGAAAUAAAUUUGAGCGUAUCUUGGGAAGAGUAUGGGCCACGAUUACUGGAUCAAUGUGCCUUCAACAUUACCUGUCUUGCCAGUGUUCAGGAAGGCAACUUUGAAUAUUUUGCUCAAGACGAUUUUCGCGUGCGGAAGCCAGACAUUAAAAUUCAGGUCACGGAAGAGCCAAUCAUUGGUGGGGAACUGCAUGCCAUAGCUACGUUCAAAAAUCCUUUGCCAAUUCCACUGAACAGAGGAAGGUUUUUGAUUGAAGGACCUGGAUUGGACAAGCAGCUGAAGCUGAAAUUAAAAGAUAAGGUCGAAGUUGGUGGAGAGGCAAGUUGCAUGUUUUCGAUGACUCCGAGAAUAGAAGGGCGUUCCACUAUCGCGGCCAAGUUUCAUUCUGAUGAAUUGGAAGAUGUCGACGGCUUCAUUAAUUUCAUGGUGAAUCCUGCCAAACCCUCUGCCAACGAUGCACAACAAAGUCAUGUGAUGUCAUGAUGAAGUGAUUAGUAGAUUAAGGACGGAUCCUGGUUCAUGAUGUUAACAAUGCACUGAUUUUUGGAAACUUUUAAUGAAGAACCUGUUAAUUCGAUAUUUUCAAAACUGUCGGUAUAUUUUGUUUAAUAUUACGACGAAUUGAAUUAAUGUGUGCGUUGAAAAAUAUCAGGUGCAAAUCAAGAUCCAUGCCGAUGUUCGCAGGCGCUUGCCGUCCAAGGUGCAAUUUUCUGUUUAUUUUACAUCUUCUGGUUUUGUUGAUUUAAUUAAUUCAUAUCGAUUUAUUUAGCUUUUGCCUACUUUUCUCCAUUAAGAUUAUAUUGACAUCCCUGCAAUAUAUCUUUUCUCAAUUAUACAUGUAUUUAUUCGCCAAUCGACACAUAUCUAUACUCUAUUUUAUGUAUAUUUAUCCUGUAUUACUUCUUUACUCUCUACAUUUCUACAAUGUACCCCAGUACAUAUUCACUCAUUUACUGUUUCUCUACAUUAUCUCCGCCUUUACGUACUUUAACAUUCUCUUAAAUUCAUUCAGACUUUGCGCCUGUUUAACCACAAGCCGUAACUUGUUGUACAUCUGAUAUCCCGUGUAUAUUGUCGGAUUCAAAAACAUUUGAAAUGUAAAAAAAACCGCCAAGUACCAUAAUUAUAUUACGAUGAAAAACUUAGUCAAUAUUUUCCGUGAGAUCAGGAAAAAGUCCAAGCACAACCUCCCGCACGUACACGCCGUGAAGUCGGAUCUCGCUUUUCGUGUAGUGAUAUCGAGAUACAAUUUCAAAAUCUACGUACAUUUUUUCUAUUCUACUGAUACUCUUCCUUCGCGCCCCUUUGUCGUCGACGAAAUUGCACAAGCGAUGAUAAUUCUAUUAGCUCUAAACGAAAUAAUUGUAUCGACGAAAAAAAUAUUGGAGCAAUACAAUCUAGCAUCAUUUUAUUUUAUAAGAGAAAUCAAAAAUACUUUGUGGCGGUCUUAGAGCAGCCUGUACCGGAUACAUUCGAGAUCUGACGGGAAAUUGCUGUGCAAUAAGGAUUUGACAUUGACCACUAUUGAGAAAGGCUUAUCUUCAAUAUAAAAAUACGGAAAGACUUAUUUCCGAUACUCAUACGCAGCAGAUAUGCCUUUCAAUAUUGUCACUCUGGAAAUAAUAAGCUUUAGUCUUGUACCGGCAGUGUCACUAUAUACCAUGAACCCGAUAAAAAUUCACUCUCCUACUGUUUGCUCAAAGUUUCAUGUUCGGACUUCAAUCAAGAAUAAUACAUCGCUGUCCGAAAAA